AGGUUCAGUAACUAGCGGCAGUCUGAAGGCUGUUGACUUGAGACUAGUCUUGGCUAGCUAGCUAGCUACCGAUCACAUUGGUUUAGAAGGCUGACUUCCUGCAUGCCACCCCCACCAUAAGGCUGCAGUAGUAAAGAUGGACGAGGCCUCUCUCACUGUGAACAAUGAGCUGGAUGCUGAGAUGGUCGUGAGCUGGCUAUCAGACCACUGCUAUCAGUGUGUGUACCAGCCCCUGGGUGUGGUGCCAGCGGGCCCUGGACCAGGCUUACCCAGCUCAGUUGACUUCACUGUGGGCACACAGCAUGGCAUCACCCUGCAGCUCAACAGCAGCCCCGUCAGCCUGGAACUCUGCACGGUUCAUUACCACUUUUGGGAGCAUGGUAACUACUCUCUGUGGGUCAAGAACCUGAACGACUCCUCAGUGGUCAACUGUUCCAUGAUCACUGACGCAGAAACAGUCAACAGCUACCUGCCCAUCAUGGUGGCCUUUCUGUUGUUCACGGGACUGGCUAUACUGUCUGCUAUUGGAGCUACUGUCAUGGGGCUGGACGCGGUGAAGAAUCUGAUGUUCCGAUUGGGCAACUCCAUGGAAACUGAGAGGCUCAUCAAUUCAGACCUGGGGUUUCCAUGCAGGACGGUGGAGACGGCCACAGACACCAUCCUCCCCACCCCCGCCACCCCCAGCCGGAGGCUCCGAUCCCUGGACACUUUCAGAGGGCUGUCCCUGGUCAUCAUGGUGUUUGUGAACUACGGAGGAGGGAGGUACUGGUUCUUCAGACACGAGAGCUGGAACGGACUCACAGUUGCUGAUUUGGUCUUUCCCUGGUAAUAGCAGUUUUUAUAUUUAAGGACAAAAUGUUUCGUCUUUUUAUUGAGGAAAUCUAACUUUGCUCCAUAGGAGGAAACUGUGUGCCUCUAGUGAAGUGUGUGUCUCUCUGUGUAUCUCUCUGUGUGUCUCUCUGUGUCUCUGUCUGUGUCUCUCUCUGUGUCUCUCUCAGGUUUGUGUUCAUCAUGGGUACAUCUAUAUCCCUGUCUGUCAGCUCAGCCCUGCGGUGUGGUUUGUCACGUUUCUCUCUGUUCACCAAAGCAGUCUGGAGGAGUGUUCAGCUCUUCCUCAUAGGACUCCUCAUCAUCAACCCCAACUACUGCCAGGGACCACUAUCAUGGGACUCCCUGCGUAUCCCUGGCGUGCUUCAGCGUCUGGCCUUCUCCUAUCUCGUGGUGGUCUCUCUGGACCUCUGUGUGGCCUGGAACAGCCUGGACAACCUUCCUGUGGAUGCUUGGUGGUACUCUGCUCGUGAGUUCCUGCUCUACUGGCCAGCCUGGCUGUGUGUGGUCGUCUUGGAAACCGUGUGGCUCUGUCUCACCUUCCUGCUCCCUGUUCCUGACUGCCCAAGUGGUUAUUUGGGCCCAGGUGGUAUUGGGGACAUGGGCCAGUACCCAAACUGCACUGGGGGAGCAGCUGGAUAUGUAGACCGUUGGCUACUGGGAGUGAACCACAUCUACCAAACACCUUCCUCACGGGUGAUCUACAAAUCUCACCUGCCCUUUGACCCAGAGGGAGUCCUUGGCAGCAUCAACUCUGUCCUCAUGGCUUUCCUGGGACUACAGGCAGGAAAGAUUCUCCUCCACUACAAGGACCAGCAUUCCAGUAUAAUGGCCCGGUUCCUCAUAUGGAGCCUGGUUCUGGGAAUCAUAUCAGCCGUUCUGACCAAAUGUUCACUAAAUGAAGGCUUCAUCCCCAUCAACAAGAAUCUAUGGUCUCUCUCCUACGUGACCACCCUGGCGUGUUUUGCCUUGCUGCUCCUGGUGUUGAUCUACUACACAGUAGAUGUGAAGAGGUGGUGGUCUGGGGCGCCCUUCUACUACCCCGGUAUGAACUCCAUCCUGGUGUACGUGGGCCACGAGGUCCUGGAGGAGUACUUCCCGUUCCGCUGGCGCAUGGCCGACAGCCAAUCCCACGCAGAGCACCUGACCCAGAACCUAUUGGCCACUUCCUGCUGGGUCCUCAUCUCCUUCCUGCUGUACAGGAAGAACAUCUUCUGGAAGAUCUAGAGGGCCAGGACACGUUUCAAAUAGUCUUUCUUCAAGUCCUCUAAAGAUUUAGGGGGAAGGUCUGAAGGGGCCGGGCUGCGUCUGAGAGUAUUUUCUCAGGUCUUUCUGAAGGAUCUACUCUCCUCAAUUCCUUGUGUCCUUUAACCAACGAUCCACUGGGAGAUGUCGAGCUGGGCCGUAUCUCAAUAGUCUCCUCAAUUCCUUGUGUCCUUUAACCAACGAUCCACUGGGAGAUGUCGAGCUGGGCCGUAUCUCAAGUCUCCUCAAUUCCUUGUGUCCUUUAACCAACGAUCCACUGGGAGAUGUCGAGCAGGGCCGUAUCUCAAUAGUCUCCUCAAUUCCUUAUGUCCUUUAACCAACGAUCCACUGGGAGAUGUCGAGCUGGGCCGUAUCUCAAUAGUCUCCUCAAUUCCUUGUGUCCUUUUACCAACGAUCCACUCACUGGGAGAUGUCGAGCUGGGCCGUAUCUCAAUAGUCUCCUCAAUUCCUUGUGUCCUUUAACCAACGAUCCACUGGGAGAUGUCGAGCUGGGCCGUAUCUCAAUAGUCUCCUCAAUUCCUUGUCCUUUUACCAACGCAACUCACUGGGAGAUGUCAAGCUGGGCCGUAUCUCAAUAGUCUCCUCAAUUCCUUGUGUCUUUGAAGAUCUUUUGUCUGGGUUGCAUUUCACUUGUCUUUCAUCAAUUCCUUGUGUCCUUUCUCCAGCUUCCUUUUUAAAAAGGGAAUAGUGUAAUGCGUUUCCUCUCCUUGUUUCCUUUCCUCGUGUGCUCUCCUUGCUUGACGCUGAUGUUUUUGAGAAGGGAACAUAAUCACUCAGGAAAAGGCUGGUCUGGGAUUGUAUACAAGACACACGGAAACUCUAGAAACCACGAUUACCAUUUUUCUGCUCAUCAAAUCAAAUGUUAUUAGUCCCAUGCGCCGAAUACAAUAGGCGUGGACCUUACCGUGAAAUGCCGAAUACAACAGGCGUGGACCUUACCGUGAAAUGUUUACUUACAAGCCCGUAACCAAAAAUACAGUUUAAGAAAGUAGAGUUGGUGGAAACGAUGCUACAGGCUCUGGUCUACGCUACACUGUAACUACGGACACACAGGUCAGAGGUCACUGGGAUGUGUGUGACAUACAUGUGGGAUCAAACUGGACUUCACAAAAAAAAAUGGAGUGUACAGCCAAACCGGUAUGGAAUAGUGUACCCAUGGAUAAUACAAAUGUGUUGCUUCUCGUUUGUGCAUGUACGAGCACCUGCUUUCUUGGGACUGAAACAACCAAUGGCAGACAGUUGAAAUAACUUGUGCUAAUUAAUGACAUUUGUCUUUUUGUAUUUUUAUUGCCAAAGUCAUCGAGGAAAUGAAUGACGGCUGAACCAACCCGCCAACCUAACUGUAUGUGUACAUUUCAUGGGUCAUUCCACAAAUUCAGUGCCUUUUUCAGAAGUGUAAAAAAAAAAAAAAAAAAAGUUUGAUUUCACCUCAUUUUAAUAUUCUGUCAUAAAGAGCACAUAUUCAACUUCAUCACGUGUUUUCCCAUCUCGAGUACUACAGUAGGUGCCUAUUCAAUGCCAACUAAAGUAACAGGGUUGAUGAUCUCAUCUGUAAAUCUGCCGUAGAUCCCAUUUGUGACGGGAGAAGGAAAGCUUGUGUGCAACAGGGAGUGGCAAUUUUUAAAUGCAAGAAUCACCCCAAAAAAUGUUUAAUUGUUAAAACAUUUCUAGCUUGUCUUGUCUAUGGGUAACAGGGUUGACUUGUGAUGCUCGACACGCUCAGUUUUCCACCACAAAACGCCAGAAAAUGGCCACAAAAACUAAAACCAGCUCACCUGAUUUUACAUGAUUUGACUAUUAAUGUUCUCUUUGUGAAAUAAAAAAUAAGAAUAAAAAAUGAAUAAUUUUGCCCUAUUAAAAUGAGACUUCAGUUCACGUAACAGGGGUUGACUUUAAAAUGAGGGACAGUUAAUUUUAAUCCCUAAAUAAUCUUUAGAAAAUGACUUUUUUUGGUCAAAAUAACAAAAAUAACUGGGGCUUUACAAUGAUGGUGAAAACUUGGGAGACAUUUUUUGGGUUUUUUUAAGAUGGUUGAAAUCUUCCUAGAAGAAGUCGCAGUGGGUGCAGUGGGGGGGCGUGUCAAAAUGCAGAAUUAUGUCACUUUAACAAGUCUUUAUUCAUGUAAAAAAAAAAAGUGUAAUAUUGUAGAAAUAACUCACCGUGUGGACAGCUGUCAAUCAGAAGGUUGGGGGGCGGGGCGCCACGCAUUUAGUUUGUUUUACCCCCCAAAAAAUCUGAUUAAUUUGAAUUUUCCAUGUGGUCUAUAUUAAAAGGGAGCUUAAUUUAAUAUUACAGGCUUUUUCUAAAAAACUUAAAAUAUAAAAGGGAUGCAAAAGGACCUUAUUUCGUGGAAUGACCCUCCCAUAUGAACAUACAAGCAUUGUGUCAAAAACUCUACAGAA